GCCACAGGAAAUCGCAACUUCUAUCGUCAACAUAAACACCCAAUCAUGAAGAUUCUCACAAAAGAAGAGGAGGAGGCGCAUUACAAUGCCACAGUCAAAGGUGGAACGAUAGGCGGUUUGGCCGGUCUAGCACUCGGUAGUACAGCUGUCGUUCUGGCGAGUAGGAGAUAUCCCAAUUUCAGGGCGCUCACAGUACCAUUCCGAGCUUUCCUUGGAGCGUCGGCAGGAUCCUUUGCUGCCGUCAUCGCCGCCGAUCGUGCCUCUGCUAAAUUCGACAUCGAGCACAACCCCGAAAAGAAGCGUGAGAUUGAGCGCGAACGAGAGCGCAAUGCCCUUUACGAGUCCAACAAAACCCUUGUUCAGCGUACUAGCGACUGGGCGUCCGAAAACCGAUACCCCAUCCUCUUUACCUUCUGGGUCGCCUCCAUGGCCGGUUCCUGGAUGGUCGUAAACCGCAAAUCGACUAUGAGUGGAACCAAUAAGUUGGUGCAGGCGCGUAUGUAUGCCCAGGGUCUUACCCUUGCAGCAUUGCUGGCAAGCUUCGCGUUCGAGGCCGACGACGCAAACAAGGGUAAGGGCAGGUGGGAAACCAUCAAGGUGGUGGAUCCCAACGACCCUGAGCACAAGCAUUUGAUUGAGAAGAAGAUACAUCAUGAGAGAUAUGCUGGCGAGGACCAGUGGAGAGAAAUGGUCGAGGCCGAAGAGGCGAGAAUCAAUGCUCGCAAAGAGGCUGCUAAGGCGAAGCAGCACGAUAACGAGGCUCAAAACAAGGAUCAGAAGGCGAAGUCGAAGUCACCAUCAUCAUAAACGGCACAAUCACAGUAGUCAGUGUGAAUCAAAACAUGGCUUACGCUGGAUUCGCGAGCGGCAUGUAACUUGGCUUUUGGACCACCUUGAACCUCUUGGGCCUCUCUUCGCGCCAACAACUUCGACGAUACACCUCAAACUCAACAGACGAUGAAGUUUUACGGCCUUACCUCCACUUCCUCUCCUCCACAUCUUCCUAUAUCUUCAUCGGCCCUGGACUUUGAAUACCUUUUUCCGCUACGUUUCGGUCGGCGGGUAUAUAUAUCCUCUUGCUUUUUUCCGUGUUCAAUUGACAGUACCUCUUUUUGGUUGUUUCCGUGCAAUGGGAAGAGAGAAGUAGAUUGUUCUUGAUGUUAGACCUAUCAUUCCCGUCGACACUGUGUGGAUAUAGGAUGUAUGAUAUAUAGAUAUACUUUGUAUAUAAUGAACCUCUUUCUGCAAAGAAAAGCCUAUUGUUUGCCCAUGUGCAUCUUCCCUCGUCCCCAUUUCUGGUGAAAAACUUGGUCGUGCGUCAAGUUCCCAGACUUCCUUCCCUUCAACUGGAGUGUCAGAUCAAAAAUGCCGGGCCUUCCCUGUAGACAUCUGUCCCCUCAUCAUAUCAAGUGCCCGAGUCUUCUCGAAGAAGUAAAAAACAAACAGAAUCCCCCCUUUCGUGAGAUCAGCAGACUAUCCAUCUAUUCACCAUGUAAUGUUAGCCACGACCACGGC